AUGGCACAGCUGUCUCCGUCCAUUGCGCAGUGCGCCGUCGUGGCCACGGCGCUCAAGGUGCUGCUUUUUCCUGCUUAUAAGUCGACCGACUUCGAGGUUCAUCGGAACUGGCUUGCUCUAACGCAUUCCCUGCCCAUUAAGGAGUGGUAUUACGAAAAAACGUCUGAAUGGACCUUGGACUAUCCGCCGUUCUUCGCUUACUUUGAAUGGCUAAUGUCUCAAGCUGCACCCUAUGUUGAUCCCGGUCUGCUCAAUGUAAAAGAUCUUGGAUACAACAGCUGGCAGACCGUCUACUUCCAGCGUACUACAGUCAUUGUUACCGAGCUCGUCUUAGUCUACGCUUUGCAUCUCUAUGUGAAGACGUCAAAGUCCAAAGUCACUGCUCAUGCCGCUGCUCUCUCUGUCCUACUGUCACCAGGACUGCUUAUAAUCGAUCAUAUCCAUUUCCAGUACAAUGGUUUCCUCUACGGCCUCUUGGUCCUCUCUAUGGUCUUGGCCCGCAGCAACUCGACCCUCCUAUUGUCCGGGCUGCUCUUUGCAGCGCUUUUGUGUCUCAAACAUAUCUACCUGUACCUCGCGCCUGCGUACUUUGUCUACCUUCUGCGCGCUUACUGCUUGGGGCAGCGGUCGUCGUUCCCGUAUUUCACUAUACGGUUCUUCAAUUGCAUCAAAUUGGGCGUGGGUAUCGUCUCCGUCUUCGCAGCCGCUUUCGGCCCCUUCGCAAUUUGGGGACAGAUAGGGCAAGUGCUCAGUCGCCUGUUCCCAUUCUCGCGAGGUCUGUGUCAUGCCUACUGGGCGCCGAACGUCUGGGCGAUAUACUCGUUCUCUGACCGAGUUCUAAUUUACCUGGCCCCGCGCCUUGGACUGCACGUUGAUCAAGAGGCAGUGAAUAGCGUCACUCGAGGGCUUGUGGGAGACACGUCUUUCGCAGUACUUCCGGACAUAGACCCAUUGAUAUGCUUCCUUCUUACUCUAGGAACACAGAUACCCGUCCUCCUCCGCCUCUUGUACAAACCAACUUGGGAGGCCUUCAUUGCUGCUGUAACGCUGUGUGGCUACGCAUCUUUCUUGUUCGGCUGGCAUGUCCACGAGAAGGCAAUCUUGCUCGUGAUCAUUCCAUUCAGCUUGAUCGCGCUCCAGGAUCGUCGAUAUUUUGGCGCUUUCCGACCCUUGGCUGUCGCUGGUCAUGUAUCCCUCUUUCCUCUCCUCUACACAGCAGCCGAGUUCCCUGUGAAGACAGUCUAUACUAUCUUCUGGCUCGUACUUUUUCUUAUUGCCUUCGAUAGGCUAGCUCCUGCUUCACCCAAACCCAGGAUCUUUUUACUUGAUCGCUUCUCCCUGCUUUACAUCGCUCUUUCGAUACCUUUGAUUGCAUACUGCUCACUGGUUCUCUACAAGCGUAAACCCGUCAAAUUCGAACCCCUGCCGAAGAACCUUGACGACAGCACUGAGGUAUGGCAUAUCGAACAGACUGGAGAGGUCUUCACAGACUAUGAGCGGUUCCUUGAGAGAUUCGACUUCUAUCAACAGCGGAGCUUCACAUGCCAGGCGACUGGUCAUUCAGGCUAUACCUAUUUCGAGGCCCAGGAGAGCGAGGUAGGCUCCACGUCAAUACUCGUCAAGGCCGACGAAGAGGUAACAUCCGUGCAGACGGAAGCUUCCAAAGAGAUCAACAGCAUCUUCCCGGAUGGCUUAAGAUCUCCUGUCCUUCACUAUGUUCAGUUUCAAGACCACCAUCGGAUGGAUGACCUAGUGAAUGAUGUCUACGAUCACUUCAAGGAGCACUUCAUGCUGAAUGAUCGGGUUUCCGUCGAAGGCGACCACUCCCGCCGCUUCGGCAAGAUCACUGAGAUCACGGACAGCAGCCGACUACACAGCAUGUUCAGUGGUCAGUCCAUGGACGACAACAUUCGGACAUACACCUACGUCAUUACCAUGGAAGACAGCGGCGAAACCGUCACCAAAUACAAAGCCUCAGAACUCCAGCGCGAUCGAAAGACCUAUUCCAAGCUCAUCCUGAAAGCUUUCCUUCGCAAUGCCCUUAAGCGUGAGUCAUGGAUUGGUGCGCCAUGGAUGGUCAAAGACAGCUUGGCAAAGCGAUACGACAUACCCACCAAGCUCCCUGACAAGAAGACCCGCGAGGCUAUUUUAGCUGCUAAGAGGGCGACCACUGGCGUACCCAACGGUGUGACCGAACCUGUUCAACAACAAUACCCACAACAGAUGCCCAACGGUCAUGGUCCUCAUGUCAAUGGCCAUAGACCGCCUUUACCACCCGGACAAGCGCAGCCUACCUUCGUUAAUUUCUCUGCAAGCGGCCCUCCCCCCUAUGCACAACAAGGUGUGAUGCCUCCAUGGGCAGCUGGAAACCCUCAUCGGCCAGCGUAUUUUGCCAACGGCCCACCGAUCAACUACUCUGGACCUCCGCAGAUAGUGACUGGUCCACCGCCCAAUUUCCUGGCUCAGGUGCCGCCUGCUCUUGCUGCGCAAUUAAUGCAGAUGCAUGCGCCUGGUCAUGGCCCGCCCAUCAAUUUCCCAUUCCAAACCAGCUUCAACCACCAACAAGGUCCUCGGCCAACAAACCUUCCACAGCCUCAACAAGCGCCUCCACCGCCCCGUACUAUUGAGUAUGUCAAAUACCCAUGCGAGGACCUAGAGAUCAAGCAACCUCGUCUACAGGUCAACCGACCACCAUUGAAGUUCUUCUCCGACGACGUUCCCGAAGGAGUCGAGCCGCCAGCUGACGAGAAGAAGACCGGCAUCUUGAUGAAGAGUGUUGGCCCGUUACUCUGUAUCUGGGAGACUCUCAAUGUUCACGAUACCAUCUACAUGCUAGACUCUUUCACCUUCGAUGACUUUGUCGACGCUAUGCGGUUCUCGCAUGAGACAGUCGAGUGUGAGUUGUUUGUAGAGAUGCACUGUGCAAUCCUGAAGCAGAUUGUCAACGAUUCCGGCAAGAUCCAGACGUCCCUACCGAACAUGGCCGACAGCGAGGAUUCAUCAGACGAAGAUUCGAGCGAAGAGUCAACGCCCACGCCUGAGCCCGAGCCGCCUGUUCGAACUACUCGUAGCAGUUUGAGGAAGUCGGGUGCAGCCCAACUUGUUGCAAAACCACGCACACCCACGCCUGAGCCUCCGAAAGAACUCCACAAGGCCGAGGAAUUCGAUAACGAAUUCGACUGGGUCGAGCAGUGCAAGACUCGCAACUUUGCGGACGGUGGAUGGCAGGCAGUUAUCGUCGCACUCCUCUACCGCCUUUCUUUUGAUCCUGCGCGGAAGGAAGCCUGUGACGAAAUCCUUGCUGAGCUUGUCCCUCCUGAUGAAGAGCCUACCAUAACCACCAUUGCCACCAACUACGCGAAGCUCGAUGUUAAUCUCCGCAUCUCUGCGCUCGAGAUGAUUCUGAAUCUUACUGUUGUCACUGAGAAUUUCCGCGAUCAGCUGGUCGCUGCCGCCCAGGAAAUGACUCGCUUGCGCAAGGAAAAGAUCGAGUACCAGCGCAAACGCAAAGAGCUGGCUGAUGAACUUUUCAAGCUGGAUUUGGAGCGUAAGAUCCACCUUCCUGCCAACACACCGGCGUCGCCUACCGAUGCCAAGAUGGACGAGGAUGUGGAUGCAUCCAUGACGAGCGUCAACGAUGGGUCCAAGGAACCUGCCGAAGCCGAAGCAAACGGUGGCAACGAUGCACCUACUUCCAAGGGCAGGACCCGUCCGGCGAAUAAGAACAAGCGCAAGGCGGCUGCUGAAGAAGCUCGGAAGGAGAAGGCGAAGAAGGCCAAGGCAGAUGCUGAGAAGACCAAGAAGCAGAAGGAAUGGGAGAAACUACUACAAGCGAUUGAGAAGAAGAAAGACGAGCUCAAGGAGUGCGAGGACAACAUCAACGAGCUUGACGAUGAUUUGCGCGAAACUCUUGUGCAUCGUAGCAAGAUCCUUGGCAAGGAUCGGUUCUUGAACAAGUACUACUGGUUCGAGCACAAUGGUAUGCCAUUCGGCGGUGUUCCCAACAGCUCUACCGCCGAGUAUGGGUACGCCAACGGACGAAUUUGGGUACAGGGGCCGAGCGAGUAUGAACUUGGUCCAAACUUGGAGGAACCUGCCCUCUCUCAAGACAUGCAGCGCUUUGGCUACACUAUUCCGCAGCGUAAAGAGCGAGAAGAAGGCCCGACGCACCUGUCCAACUCGAAUCAGUGGGCAUUCUACGACGACCCGGAGGACAUUGACAAGCUACUUGCGUGGCUCGAUGAGCGCGGCCAUCGAGAACGUGUUCUACGGAAGGAGUUACAAGCAUUCCGUGACCGUAUCGCCGAAUACAUGCUUAAGAUGCGGAAGCAUCUGGAGGACUCCAACAAGCCCCAGGAAGAGGAAGAAGAUGACAAUAAGACGAGAGUGUCGACGCGAAACAAGACCUAUGUCGACAAGGACACCCCCAAGGAUCGCUGCUUGCUCUGGACGAACAGCAUCAUGCGUGAGGAGUUCGGCCACAACCACAUCGAAGAGUACGAACCACCAAAGAAGGGUAAGGCGAAGCCAGCCAAGGCAUCCAAAGCCAAAGGCCGAGGCCGUUAA